UAUCCAAGCAAAAGAAACAAAAAUGGCAAAACUAAACAACCACGUCCCAGAUAAGAAAAAAAAAAGUACAAAGAGAGAAGAAGACACGAUCCAGAGAUUUCAAAAUUUUGUAUAUAACCUUUCUCACUCUUCUUCCAUUUCAAAUCUGUGUAAUCAAAAUUUGGGUUUAUUCAAUCCAAACGUUGAGGAUUUCGAAUUCUGUAGACUAAAUUGUAGAAUAUGUCGGCGUCGACGGUGUCUCUCACCGGUAAUCCUACGGCGGUCGGCAAGCGGACGCCGGUUCUCUCCGCUGAGAAGAAAUUUAAUUUCGAUUUCCCGCCGAGCGAAUCGAAUGCCAAUGCGGCAAUUGGAGAGUCUUACGCCGGUACGAACAAGGAUCUAAUUCACGCCGAGGCUGCCGCUGAGAGAUCUAGCAGUUACAACGUAGGUCCGGUGACGAGGAAGUCAGGAUCCACCGCGACGGGGACUAAUACGACCACCACCACGCAGCGUCGAACGCGGAAAGUUCAGGGGAAUAAGACAGAGAAGGCGCAGUGGAAGAGGGUGGUUAGGGUAUUCGCGAAGCAAUUUGGGGCUCUUCUGGUACUCGUUGGGUUGAUUCAGUUUGUUAGGAAAUUGGCUCUGAAGGAUACGUCUCUGUCUUCUUCGAAUUUUCCAAUUGAAACGGAGAUGGUUCUAUCGGAACUGGAGAGUCGUAUUUCGGCAGUUGAUGGUUUGGUAAAGACAACGACGAAGAUGAUGCAGGUUCAAGUCGAGUUUCUUGAUAAGAAGAUGGAAAGCGAAUCAAGAGCAUUGAGGCAAACUAUCGAUUCCUCAUCAUCUGCGUUGCAGAGUGAAUUGAAGAAGAUAGAGUCUAGGACUGAGACGCUACAGGCUUCCGUAGAUGAAUUCAAUUCUAAACCUUUGGUGUCUAGAGAGGAGUUAGAGAGGGUUUACGAGGAAUUGAAGAAGGGUAAAGUCCAUGAUUCUGCUGUUAAUAUUGAUGAAUUGAGGGCUUAUGCUCGCGACCUAGUGGAGAAAGAGAUUGGAAAGCAUGCUUCUGAUGGCCUUGGCAGAGUAGACUAUGCUUUAGCGUCUGGUGGGGCUUUUGUACUGGAGCAUUCGGACCCAUAUCUUGUUGGAAGUGGGGGUAAUUGGUUUGCCACAAGCAGGCGACGGGCUCAUAGCAAAGCGGUGAAGAUGUUAAGUCCGAGUUUCGGGGAGCCUGGUCAGUGUUUUCCUCUGAAAGGAAGCAAUGGAUAUGUUCUAAUCAGGCUACGAACACCAAUAAUACCAGAGGCCGUUACCUUGGAACAUGUCUCUAAGGCUGUAGCGUAUGACAGAUCAAGCGCCCCAAAGGAUUGCCGAGUAUCAGGAUGGCUAGAAGACAAAGAUAUGGAGAGUGAGACAAUGUUCCGUCUAACCGAAUUCAGUUACGACUUAGACAGGUCCAACGCACAGACAUUUGACAUUGCAGAUUCUGCAUACUCGGGACUUGUAAACACUGUCAGGCUAGACUUCACAUCCAACCAUGGAAGCACUUCACACACUUGCAUCUACCGUUUCAGGGUUCAUGGCCGUGAACUAGACUCAGUCUCCGUUGUUCAUGCUUGAAUUGAAGAAGCCCACGUUAAACUUUUCUGUUCUUUGUAUCAUUCCGUCUCAUAGAUAUCUCCUCCUUUUUUUUGCUGGUCUAUGUGGUGGGAAAGCUUCUAGUCAGUUGUAAUCGUAUUCUCCACGUUUUCUUUACCUUUUUUUAGUUUUUUUUUUUUUUUUUUUUUUUUUUACUUUUUGGGAAUGGGAAACACAUCGAUCUUAAUUUUCAAAUCUGUUUUGAUUCGCUUUA